AUGUCGUCCAUUGAAUUGAUUAAGUCCCUGAAACUCUACAAGGACAAGAUAUGGUCCUUUGAUUUUUCUCAAGGUAUAUUAGCUACAGGUUCAACCGAUCGAAAAAUCAAGCUGGUUAAUGUGACAAAUGAUGACUUUGCGUUAAUAGAUGUACUAGAUGAGACAGCUCAUAAGAAGGCAAUUCGGUCAGUGGCAUGGAGGCCUCACACCUCGCUAUUAGCAGCAGGGUCUUUUGAUUCUACCGUGUCCAUCUGGGCUAAAGAAGAAUCUGCUGACAGAACUUUUGAGAUGGACUUGCUAGCUAUCAUUGAAGGUCAUGAAAAUGAAGUAAAAGGGGUGGCAUGGUCGAAUGAUGGAUAUUAUCUAGCAACCUGUUCCAGAGACAAGAGCGUGUGGAUUUGGGAAACAGAUGAAAACGGUGAAGAGUAUGAAUGUAUCAGUGUUUUGCAAGAACAUUCUCAAGAUGUUAAACACGUUAUAUGGCAUCCUUCUGAGGCGCUACUAGCUUCGAGUUCUUAUGACGACACCGUUAGAAUAUGGAAAGAUUACGACGACGACUGGGAAUGUGUUGCUGUCUUGAAUGGCCACGAAGGUACUGUUUGGUCUUCUGAUUUUGACAAGACUGAGGGGAUGUUUAGGCUAUGCAGUGGAAGUGACGAUUCCACAGUACGAGUAUGGAAAUACAUGGGCGACGAUGAAGAUGAUCAACAAGAAUGGGUUUGUGAAGCUAUUCUCCCGGAUGUACAUAAAAGACAGGUUUACAAUGUUGCAUGGGGCUUUAAUGGCCUAAUUGCUAGUGUAGGUGCGGAUGGAGUACUAGCAAUCUACGAAGAAAUGGAUGGAGAAUGGAAAGUCCUUGCUAAACGUACCUUAUGCCAUGGAGUUUAUGAAAUUAACGUUGUGAAAUGGCUAGAACUGAAUGGUAAGACUAUACUUGCAACAGGUGGUGACGACGGAACAGUGAAUUUUUGGUCCCUGAAAAGGUCACCUUAA